AUGCUGGUCGCUGCAACUGGUGUGAGCUUUGUCUUGCUGUCUUUGUUGUACAGCACUGCUGGCAACUGCUUGGUUGGUGGUGGUUGUGGAGCUGGUCUCUGCUGUUCGGCAUACGGUUAUUGUGGUACGGGUGCUGAGUACUGCGGUACAGCGGCGGGUAAUUGUCGAACCUAUGGCUGCCAAGCAGGACAAUGCUGUUCGCAAUUCGGCUAUUGUGGCACCACUGCAGAACACUGUGGUGGUGGCGGUGCUGUCAUCAAUCCAGGCGGUGGUGGUCAAUGCUGGGGCGCCGGCUGUCCAGCAGGAACAUGUUGUUCUGCACAUGGAUUUUGCGGAAACACUGCUGCUCAUUGCGGAGGAACCGGAUAUGGCAAUUGUGGCGUUACUGGUUGCGGCGCUGGUCUCUGCUGUUCGCGAUAUGGAUAUUGUGGCGCCUAUGCUACUCAUUGUCCUUACGGCAAGUUCUUGUCUAGAAAGCAACCAGCUUCACUCGAAGGCGAAUUCCAUGGAGAAGCAACGUAUUACAACGAGACCAUGGCCGGUUCAGAGUACAGCACUUGUGGUACAAGUCGAACUCGUUCAUUGGAUGAAAGCAACGAAAAAAUCUACACGGCUGCUCUCAAUGAAGUUCAAUUUGAUCCAUACACUGUUGACGGUAUUCCUAGUACCAAUCCGAUCUGUCAAAAGAAAGCUAUCGUUAAGGGAGUCAAAGGUGAAAUAGUGAUACGAUUUGUUGAUCGUUGUCACGAUUGUAAAAAAGGUGAUAUCGGUCUGACUUAUGAUGGUUUCAUGGCCGUGGCUGGUGAACUUGGCAGUGGUCAUACCAAUAUCGUAUGGCAUUUUCUUUAA